AUGGACCUCGCCGUGAGCUCCCCCAUUGAUCCACCUCCAUUGCUCUUUCAAGAGCCCUCGUCUCCUCUCCAUUCUUCGCAGUCUCCGCCUCCUGUAGCUGUCACAAGCUCCUUGUCUACUACUCUCCGACUACCUAUACCAGCCACCAUUCCUUCGUCGCCAGCUGUCAUGGAAUCCGAACCUGCUGGGAGACAUGACCCCAGGAUGACUCUUGCGCAUGUUGCUUCGAAUGACGUGGAUAGUGAAGGCGAUGGAGACGAAGCAGAAGCAGCAGCGAAUGCUGCGCCCACUCAUAUCCCAGAGCGUGAAUCAAAUACAUUUGCCAUGGAUACUGUUCCUAUAGAAAUACAGAUACCCGAGCCGCCGCCAGAAUCCAUAGCGAAUGAAACUUCUAUCCGACAAUUGUCUGAAACAGCUCAAGGGAUUUCGAUUGCACUUAUCAGCAGGUCAAAUCCAGUCGUGCCUCCGUCUCCGCCAAUGCCUCCGCCUUUGGAAGCUGGUCGACCUCCAAUUGCAGCUCCCGUCCCUCCACCACCGAUUCGAGAUGAUGAGGAUUCCGACUCCGAAGAUGAAGAGACCCCGCAUUGGGCCUAUUAUACUGAAGAUCUCUCCACGCCGGACGAGGAGGAGCUUCGGCUGAUAGAAUCUCUAGGACCGGAACGCAGUGCUCUCGACCAUGAGCACUGGGAAAGGAUGACGUUUGAAGCGCUGGAGGAUCCAGAACACAUUCCUGGCCCGAUUGGACGUAUUGAAUGGACCGUUACAGGCGUCAAUGGUACGCCGGAGAAGCCGAAUCGCAAGUUGGUGAUGCGAUCCCCUUCAGUACGCAUUGGUGGCUUAGACUGGAAUAUCAAGUUUUUUCCACGCGGCAAUGACACAGAUUACCUCAGUGUAUAUGUUGAAGGUUCCCAGCCCCCCAUUGAUGAGGAGACGGGAGGGCAGGGGGCCAGUGAGGGGGCGGCGGACGUUGAAUCUCAGCCUGCGACGGACGAUACUGAGCUGAGCCACAUCGACCUCGGAUUUGGUGAAUUAGCUACGAAAAAGACAAAUGACCGGUCGAACGAAGAUCGAGGAUCUCCUCCUAAGGCCAGCGGAGAGACUGAAGUUGUUGCUCAAGGGACCAAAGACCCCGUCAUAGACUUGAAGUUUGGGCAAGCGGCACAGAUUGGAUGCGUGAUUUACAACCCGAACGAACCCCGCGUUUGUCAUUUCAGCCGUGGCGAGCAUUGGUUUGCCGACGGCGCUCUAGACUGGGGCUGGACACGCUUCCGUGGACCUCAUGCUGGCAUGCACGAGCGUCGUCAUGGCGAACGGCAAGCUCUUCUGCGAAAUGAUACCCUAUGUUUCACCGCUUAUAUUCGCCUCGUAAAGGAUGAUACAGGCUCUCUAUGGUAUCAUCAAUAUGAGGACAGGGAGUGGAACAACUUCAGGAAGACCGGAACGAUCGGAAUAUGUGCCACUCCCUCACGAGGACCCGAGAAAAGAGCGUUGGUUGCGGCGCUGUGGAGCUGGCUUCACUUGGCUCCGGUGCAACGCGUCGUGCUCGAUGCUCCUGUCCCAUAUGACCUCAAAGACGCUCGUCGCCGUCCCAAACCUUUGCUCUUUCAUCUGCGCAUGUUACUUCGCAGCAUGCGACAAGCAUCUUCGGUCACGUCUGGCUUUGCUUACACAGCGGCUCUUCAGCAAACACUUGAAUUUUACGGGGUGGAUCUGAUGGAAAGAUACGACGUAGUCGAAUGCUGGGAUAUUCUGCGCGGAAUCAUGGAGCGCGAGCUUCAGGGCACCGCGCUGGAAGGCCGGUGCUCAAAGCUCUUCGAUACAGUUCUGUCACAGCCUUCAGAGGAGCAGGGUGGAUCCCGUGCUCAGGCUCAGAAGUUCUUUGGUAAAGGGCGAGCGCCCAGCUUUCGCAUCCCCGUGGAAGGCGUCAAGUCGAUUCAGGUUGCGUUGGCACAGGUUCUGGACAAGGAUGAGACUGGUAAGCUGGAAAGUCUUCCACAGUAUCUUCAGCUGGAGCUCGACAGACAAAAGUUUGACCUCGAGACACGGCGUUGGAAGAAGCUGGUCAACCGCAUUGAUUUGGAUGACACACUUGACCUGAAGCCUUGGAUAGCUCCAGGCACUGCUGAAGUCGAGACUAGAUACACAUUAUAUGGAUUCAUUGUGCACAGCGGCAGCCUUCAUUCGGACAUGUAUAGCGCGGUAAUCCGCCCCGGAGGUUCCGGCCCCAAAUGGCUUAUGUUAGACGGCCAACAAAAUGGGGAGCGCGUGAUCCGCCUGACAAACAAGGCAGCCAUGGAGAAGUACUUUGGCAAGGAGAAUGACCCAUUUGCUCCAGUGUCUUAUGUGGUAAUGUACGUCCGGAACGACCUUGUCGAUGAAUUUUUGCGAGGACCGCCUAUGCAGGAAAAGGAAGACGGGGAGACAUGUGAACGUUACGACACUUUUAAUUCUUUCUCGUCAGCGACGUGGGCAACAAGGGACAUGCACGUACCAGCAGACGAUUCUCCAGUCAAUCUCAGACUGUUCAGGGCUGAACUUUUCCAUGGCCGUCAGGGAAUCGGGACGGUGGAUUGCUUUGAUUCCCAAUGGGACUCAGGCACGUCGAAGCACGUACACGACGUGACGCUUGCUGGUGAUCUGACCAUCAAGCAUCUCCGAGAACAUAUCGCUGAGGUGAUGGAAGAUGUGGACGACCCCCGACAAUGUAUUCUGUGGGCAAUGCAUUCUCAUUGGCAUGUGCCUCGGCCGCACAGCUUCUUUCAACGACAAGAGAUCUAUUCCGGAAGGAUUGAUGACGAGGUCCAACUGAAGACAUUCAGAGAGAAAUACCCCAUGUGUUCACUAUGGCUACAUGUGCUUCCCAGGGAUCAGUUGGAUACGGAUUCAUUGCCUGCCCAAGUUGCAAAGUAUCGAGUCCAUGCAAAUACGCCUUCACCUCGAUCUAUCCCAGACUUGGUAACGGCACCGCCGCUUCCAGCUGAGGCCCUUGUUCCACAAUCUGAUGGGAUUUUCAACACUGAGUCGUCUCCAGUUAGUCCUCGCACUGGUAGUGAGGAGGCUCAAGCCUUACGCCAAGGUGCCCCCGUCGCGGAGACAACAGCGCCAGUGUCGGACGCCGAUCCAGAGCAGUCUGUAAACACAAUUGAAACUGUGCCUCUCGAACCUAUAGGUGAUGUAUCAGAAGCAUCAUCCGAGCAGAUAAGCCCUCGAACACUUCCUACAUUUGAGAAUAUAGUUUCCCCUACGUUUGGUCGGCGCAGAAACGGGGAAUUUCUCGCGCGGGAUGAGCGCUCCCCAACACCACCGCUCCCGCCGUUACAUACCUACGAACCGCCUCCCCAACCGCCCACGCCGCCGUUGCCAAUUCCUUCUUCAGUUGGCGACUGCGUGUAUACAUUUCUCAAAAAGUUCGACACGAGGUCUCAAACAAUUACUGGUGUUGGGACGUUUUUCUGCAUGAGAGAUGAUGACGUGUAUGAAAUGAUACUCAAAGAAGCCAAGAUACCCGAAGAGUCAUCCAUUACCGUCUGGCAAGAAUUCGCAUGGGGGUUAUCCAAUGCACUGAUUCUCGGCGAGCGCUUUGGCGAGUUUGAAUCCAAUGCAGCCAUUUAUUUGUAUCAAGAGACCAUGCCAGAAAACGAAAACCAAGAAAUCGAACUUCGCGGCGACUUUAUCAAUGCAAAAGACUACUUUAACAUUCUCUGUCAAGACCUGCACACUCCGCCGUGGGCGUCUGACACUCUCACGUCCCGCGCACCAGGAUAUGCAUAUUUUGCCCAGGACGAAGUCUAUACCGGUCCACUCGUCAAUAACCGCCCUCAUUGUCCCCCCUCUUUCUCUUCCAACCCCUCUUCCUCCUCCUCCUCCUCCUCCUCCUCUUCUAACUCCCCCUCUCCCACCAAUACCCAAUCCCCAUCAUCCUCCGCCACAGGCACCCUCAUCACCUCGACAGGCGACAUCUACACGGGCCCGUUCCUGUGCGGCGCCCGCCACGGCCCGCGCGGCACCAUCACCUUCCAGAACGGCGACACGUACACCGGCUCGUGGGAGCGCGACGAGAUUUCCGGCUGGGGCAAAUACGUCUACGCCGCCACGGGCAACACGUACGAGGGCGGCUUCCGCCACGGCAAGCGCCACGGCAAGGGCACCAUGGUGUUCCAAGUCGCCGACGAAGAGGAAGACACGUGCCCCAUUUGCUACGAGGCGGAGAAGAAUGCCGUCUUUUAUGACUGCGGCCAUGUCUGUGCGUGUCUCGACUGUGCUAGACUAGUGGAGAAUUGUCCCGUCUGUAGAAGACGCGUUGUGGCGGCGAUUAGAUUCUGGAAGGCUUAG